UUAUCUCAACUCUCAGUCUCUUUAAUAUAAUUACCAUGGCAGAUCGGUAUGCCCACCAGCUGCAAAACCCCCCAAAUACAUCGCCAAGUGUAUGGCCCAAGAUACAGAGGGUGGCACAUCAUCUGAGAAGUCGACCAGCUUUUGCAGACUACUGCUCUCCUAAGAUGCUGUCCCUUGGUCCCAUUCACCACGGAGAACCCCAUCUCGAGUUAGGAGAGCGGUACAAGCUUUCAUGGGCAAACAUGCACGUGCAAGGUGAUUGGAAUGAGGUCUAACGUCUGCGUGCAAAGAUUGUUGUGAAUAUCAAGGAUCUGAAGGAUCUAUACACUGAUGAUCGGUUCUGCAAUUCAACGACGACAAUGACCUGGCGUGGAUGUUGUUUGCGGAUGGAUGCGCACUGCUUCAGAUCCUGAAGUAUCCGGACAUAUUGAAGGCAGAACCACUCAAAGCCAAGGUUGACCAGCUUGCUUUUGUUCGCCAAGACGCGCUCUUGCUAGAGAAUCAACUUCCUUUCUGGCUCCUCCAGCUCUUGAGUGAUCUCUCCGACACCGAACUCAUCAAUGCCAUGGUCAAGUUCCUUCUUUGUCAUCAUUUUUCAUCAGAAAAGCCUGAUUAGCAGCAUGGAGCUGAAGGUGAUCGUGUGAUUGAUGUUGAUCCUCCUUCUCCUAAUCCAGUUCACCUUCUUGAUUAACUGCGGAGGAAAGUAUUGCGUGAUUUUCGUCCCCAUAUUCCACAGAAACCGAUCGAGAGCGGCGAGAUAACGCACAAGAAUUUAAAAGAGUUGAAAGAAGCGGGGAUUAAGGUGAAAAGAAACAAGUCAAAGUGCCCCAUCGACAUCACUUUCUCUUCUUCCUAUUUCGGCAGAGAACUGAAAUUUCCAAACAUGAUAGUGGACGACACAACCGCUCCGACAUACCUGAACCUGAUGGCGUACGAGGGGUGCCCAUAUUUUGACAACAACUACGAGAUAAGCUCGUACGUAGAAUUCUUGGACUCCUUGAUCGACCACGCGGAAGAUGUAAAGGAACUGAGGAGGGCAGGCAUUCUGCGCAACUGCCUUGGAAGUGACGAGGAAGUAGCAGAACUGUUUAACAUCAUAAGCAAAGACUUGGUGGCUCAUACCUCCAUAUACACGUCUCUCAGAGCUGAAAUAGAAAAGCAUUAUAAGAAGUGCAAGACGUGGUUCGCUAUGGCUUGUAAUACCUAUUUCAGCAACCCUUGGUCUAUUAUUGCCUUCAUUGCUGCUUCUGUGGCUCUUCUUCUCGCUUUUAUCUUGGUUUGCCGCUUUCCCCUCUCGCGGUAAUUCUGGAUGACCACCUCGCAUGGUAAGAAGGACGUACGCUUGCUCAGUCUUUUUGCACUCGUGGUUGGUAUAUAGUAUUCAUAAAAAAAUUAUUGGUGUGUGUGUGAUUAUAUUUAAUAACACAGCUUUUGAUUGGAGUGAUUGUAUCCUUUUUUUUAAUCAUGGGGAUGCAGGGCUUGCGUUGUAUGGUUGUACAGUUACCUCAUUGACAAAGAGUCGUUAUUUCUCACGGCGAUUUCGUUGAGUGAAGUAAAGGGGAAUAAGCAUUUUGGAUUUUCAGUACGCAAUUGUUUCGGGGGUGAAAACUUGGAUGCGAGCUGAGCAAGACCAACGAGUCACCCACACACUCUUUCAUGUGCAAGCAAGCGUAAUUUUACCAAAAAUAGAAUCCAUGGCCAAUCUUUGAAACUCCACCACGCCAACAGUAAUAAACUUGAACUCUCAAUAUAGACUUGAUCGGUUUAAAUUUACUGGCAAUUUUUUUUAAAAAAAUAUUUUUUAUUUAUUUCCAAGCUUAAAAAUAAAAAAUGGAAGAAGAGGCUUGGAUUAUAUAUUUCAAUCAAGACUUUAUUGGUCGAUCGGUUUAAAUUUUUCAAUUUGCAACCUACUUUUUAGCACGGGUUUGAAUCCUAACUUUUUAUUAACCAUUAAAAUUCCAUCUUUCUCCUCUUGCAAUAAAAUUUUAUUUAUAUUUCUAUUGAAUAAUUGAGUUAAUUAAAAUGAAGAAAACCUCCAUGAAAAGCCGAAAAUAUAAAAAAAAUGUUGGAAUAUUUAAAUGAAUUUACAUUAAUUAAUAAUCCUAAACAGAUUGAUACUUAUGAUCUUGUGUGG